UAUUUAAUCUGUUGAUGUUGAAUUCCGAUUUAAUUUCCUUCACAUCUAACACAACUGAUCUAAAGUUGACACAGACAAAGGUCAUCAAGCGAAAGAUGGAAGAGCUGAAGGAGGAGGCUGCUGCAUUACUGUCAAUAAAUAAGAAAGACAUUGGCACGACUUUGAGUUUGAUUGAUGAAAUACAACGUCUUGGGCUGGAAUAUCACUUUAAGGAGGAGAUUAACGAGUCACUGAGACAUGUUCUAGCUGAGGUUGAAGAGAUCGACGAUACGCAUAGUGUCGCCCUUUCUUUCAGAUUGCUGAGACAACAGGGAUACUAUGUGUCCUCAAAUGUGUUUAAAAAGUUGAAAGAUAAAGGUGGGAAAUUCAAGGAGGAGCUAAGUCGUGAUGCCAAGGGCUUGCUGUUUCUGUAUGAAGCUAGCUGGCUGGGGACACGAGAAGAUGAGAUAUUGGACGAAGCCAUGGAUUUUGCCAAGGUUCACAUGGAGCGCCUGUUGGUGCACGAUAAGGAUGGUGUUCUUGCAGCUCAGAUAGAACGAGCACUCGAGAUGCCGUACCAUCGAUGCAUGAGGCGAUUAGAGGCGAGACACUACUUUACCAUGCACAAGGACGAAAAAGAAAGGCGUCAUGUUUUCUUCGAGCUCGCUAAGCUUGAUUUCAACCUUUUGCAGUCAAUGCAUCAGACUGAGAUCAAAGCUAUUUCAACGUGGUGGAGAGAAUUGGGUCUCAUCAAAAAGCUGAGUUUUGCUCGAGAUAGAGUGGUGGAAUGCUAUUUUUGGAUCCUAGGGGUGCAUUUUGAGCCUCAAUUCUCAGAAGGUAGAAUUCUUCUUACCAAGAUUAUAGCCUUGACCUCGGUGAUGGAUGACAUAUUUGAUGCAUAUGGCACCCUUGAGGAGCUUCACCAGUUCAAUGAUGCCAUCCAAAGGUGGGAUGUUCAAGAUGUGAGUAAGAUGCCUGAGUAUAUGAUUAUCUAUCUCCAUUCAUUCAUGAGUCUCAUCAGAGAAAUUGAGGAGGAACUUUGUAGGAAAGGAAUGCUUCACCAUAAGUAUUACUUGGCCGAAUCAAUUAAAGCACUGGUUGGAGCAUAUUUUAAGGAAGCCAAAUGGGCAAACAAAGGAUACAUGCCAACAUUGGAAGAAUACUUGAAUAUUUCAGUUAUGAGCAGCGGUUAUCCUAUGCUAAUUUGUGUUGCUCUCAUUGUUAUGGAACAAGAGGUGACUGCAGCUGUUCUAGAUUUGGUGCUCAGUGUCCCUAAGGCUGUUGAGGCCUCAGCUCUAAUUUCAAGGCUAAGGGAUGACCUUGUGUCAACUAAGAUGGAACAAGAGAGGAAGCAUGUGGCUUCAAGCGUGCAGUGCUACAUGAACGAUCAUGGAGUAACCGAGCAAGUGGCACGUCUCAAACUUAGUACAAUGGUUGCAAAUGCCUGGAAAGAUUUGAAUCAGGGGUGUCUUCAGUAUUCAUGUCCUUCUCAAAGGAAUCUCAACAUGUUAGCACUUAAUUUUGUUCGUAUGGCCGAAGUCAUAUACAAGCAUGAAGAUGGGUACACAAAUCCCUCAGGGGAGAUGAAACAAAACAUUGGGUUACUACUGCUGCACUCAGUGCAUGGCUGAUAUUUACUAUAAGAUGUUGGCUUGAUUUGGGUUGGUUUGAUUCCGAGCCUCUACUUAAGGCCUAUCAACUCUUGUUUGAGCUUGAUUUCUCCCCAGCAUGUGCUAUCAGUGUAAUAUCCCUAAUUUUUCUAAGUGAUGAUAAGUCUAAGUUAUUAUUUGUUUAAAUAGAUAUCCAAACAAUUGAGUUAAUAAUAUUAAUUUAUAAAUAUAAGUGUGUAAGAGGACUUUUAUGCAAAUUUUGUUUGAGGGUUCUAUUAGUAAAAAGAGCCUUUAUAAA